CUAGAGUCGAAGAUUAUCCAUCCUGCCUCCUUCACACGCAUCUUAACGACCUUAAAAUUUAUCAAACAAAGAUUCCUUAGUGUCCCCUUCAACAUGACGAAUGUCAGACGACCAGAGGGGCCCGCAAGCGGUAGUAAACAAGCGGCAGAGGUCAACGAAAGCCACCUCGGUGUCCCAGGCUAUACAGACGACCCCAUCUUCUCCUACAUCCGCUACAGCGACAAAGCUGAGCGCUCCCUCCGCAAGUGCGACUUUGAAGAGUUCAAGGCCGAGCUGAUCGCCUUUAUUAAUUUGUACAAUGAGGCUGCGGGCGGUGCAGCGGAGGGGGUAGAGAGGAUGAACGAGCAUAAACAAGCCGCGUUCAGCAAGAUCGAGGGUUUCCCUGAGCUGGUCGCUGAUUUUGAUCAGUUUUUGACCGCCUCAAAAGUGGUAAUGAGACGUCCUACGGCCAUGCAGUACCAGGGCGCUGUAGCACCAGAACUUGCAAAUUUGUGA